AUGUCGAUGCGUAUCGUCCCCCAGGGCGAGAAGCCCACCACCUUCACCGCGACAACCACAUCCGCCCCCUCCGCCCCCGGAAUCCACGACACCCUCCGCCACGGCGUAGGCGCCUCCCCUUACGACACGGCCGCGGGGAUCCCCCUGUCGUCCCACCCCCUCGAGGCCCGCCUGAAGAACUGGGAGGCCACCCAGGACGCCGUGAGGAUGAACACGCUCCGCCGCACCUUCGGCAUGGGCGAGCCCAUCCGCCGCGCCAUGGAGCUCAAGAUGGUCCGCGACAGCGAGUGGAGGCCCAUGGCCCUCUCGACCGGCACCGCCCUACCCAGCGUCCACGAGGAUAUCCUGCGCGGCCGCGACGACAGCCUCACCUGGGAUGACGUCUUCACCGGUGACCAGACUAGGCCUGUGCCCGGUGUGCAUGAGGAGAUGGAGAAGAAGCUUAAGAUCUGA